UUAAAAAGCAGAGCAAAAAAAUAGUUUCGUUGAAACGCAUAAAAGACGCAAUUGAACUUCUGCUGGCAAACAUUCGGCACUCAAUUGUCCAUCGAAACACAAUGAAGCUUCUCCAUUUGCUGCUGAGCCUUUGCCUGGCAUUCCUGCUUUGCGCUGCGCCGCUGAUCCAGGCACAGACGGUGCCACCCAUUCCAACAGCGGCGCCAACACCACCCAACGGCAUAGGUAACGGUGGUGGCGAAGGUGAGGUUCCACCGCCACCUAAUGUGCCGACCACCGUGGAAACACCCGACAUCGACACCGCGUACCCGAAUUACGCUGGAUAAACGUAGGGUAGAGCAUUUGCCAGCCGGCUACUGUAACAGUUUCUUAAUAAAUAUAUUGCGAAUACUGCAUUCGC